UGGAUGACGUGCCUAAUUAUUUUGUAAACGUGGUACUUGAAGGGAGGGUCAACACUUUGCGUUACACUUGAACACACCAUACGCUACUCUUCUACCAAAAAUGAGCUUGCUCUUUAAUAACGAAAGUUGAUGACUCAUAUUGAAAUGGUAGUUGCUGUGUAUGUCCGCUUUUAUUUUUCUGAAUACUCAGAAAUUAUUUGUAUAUUCCAUAGGGUUUUCCCAAUAGAAAAACAGAAACAAUGUUCGAUAUUAAGGCUUGGGCUGAAUACAUCGUGGAGUGGGCUGCAAAGGACCCAUACGGCUUUCUUACUACAGUCAUCUUGGCCCUUACACCGUUGUUCAUAAUUAGUGCAGCACUUUCAUGGAAGCUUGCAAAAAUGAUUGAGGCCAGGGAGCGAGAGCAAAAGAAGAAACAGAAACGCCAAGAGAAUAUUGCAAAAGCCAAACGAACAAAGAAGGAUUAAAUGGGGAAAAAAAAGGCCUUCCUUGUGCAAAGAAUCCACUUUUUAAAUUAAACACUUGUACGUUUUAUGUUUUAACUGUCCUUUGAUACUUGAUCCUGUUAUUUCUUGAAGUAUGGAAUUUAAUCCCUCUAGUGUAUUUUUUCUGCUGAGAUGAUUUAUGUUAAAGUUUGUCCAAGUGGCUUGUUACAAGUCAUUUAAUCUACUACUUGUGUCCUAGUGCAGGUUGCUUUGUCUGAAUUUGCAUGUGAAAUUAAAAAA